AUGAACAAUCCAAAUAUAACAGAUGUUGUGAUUCAACAAAAAGCCAAAGACGAUUUUCGCGACGCCGUCCUUCGGAAUUGCCUCAAUUAUAUUUAUUUGGGAGUCGGCGUCUUUAUUGCCGGUUUCCUUCAAGCCACAUGCCUUCUCACCAUGUGCGAGAAUCUCGUGAAUCGCCUUCGACGCGCGUUUUUCCACGCUGUGAUGCGGCAGGAAAUCGCGUGUACGAGCACACCAAAUUUGAUCAAUAUUUCUGUUGGUGCAAUUUUCCGCAAUUUGGAACGGGUCAAGGAGGGAACCGGUGACAAAAUUGGGCUAAUGAUCUCAUCGCUAUCAAGAUUCUUUAUUGGAUUCAUCAUUGCAUUUACUUAUAGUUGGAAGCUAACGCUUAUCAUGAUGUCACUUACACCACUGGUCAUUAUUACUGGCUUGUUUGUGAUGCGGCUGCUGGCGACAGCGACAACGGAGGAAGCGAAGAAAUACGCUGCUGCUGGCGGUCUGGCCGAGGAGGUGCUCACUUCGAUUCGAACUGUGAUUGCCUUCAAUGGGCAACAGCUUGAAUGCGAGAAAUACGAGGCGGCUCUUCGCGCUGGAAAAAUCACCGGCAUCAAGAAGUCGUUCUACACAGCCAUCGGACAUGCCGUCCUAUUCGUUAUCGUCUUCUCCUCGUAUUGCCUCGCGUUCUGGGUUGGCGUCGAUUUCAUCUACAAGGGCGAAAUCGAUGGCGCCACUGUGAUGACGGUGUUCUUCUCGGUGAUGAUGGGAGCGAUGUCACUGGCCGGCGACGUUCAGCAGUUUUCGGUUAUCGGAACAGCUAUUGGAGCGGCGACAUCGUUGUAUGAAGUUAUUGAUCGAGAGCCGAUUAUCGAUGCGCAUUCGUCGGAAGGCGAAACGCCGAAAUCGAUUGAUGGACGUAUCCAAGUGAAGGAUGUCAAAUUCGCCUACCCAUCAAGGCCCGAAAUUCCGAUAUUAAAGGGAGUUUCAUUUGAAGCGAAACCUGGCGAAACAGUAGCUCUUGUCGGAGCCAGCGGAUGCGGAAAGAGCACAGUUAUUCAGCUGCUUCAGCGGUUUUACGACCCGAUUCCGGAUCUGUUUCUCGAGAUUGAUGGAAUAGCUAUUGAGAAGUUCAACACCAAGUAUUUGAGAAGACUGAUCGGAGUUGUCUCACAAGAGCCGUGCCUGUUUAAUACCACCAUCGAGCAGAAUAUUCGCUAUGGAAGAAAUAAUGUUGCCGAUGCCGAAAUAGUUGACGCUUUGAAAAAAGCGAACGCGUACGAUUUCGUGAACAGUUUCCCGAAGGGUCUUCAAACUCUGGUCGGAGAUCGUGGUGUUCAAAUGUCGGGCGGACAGAAGCAAAGAAUCGCGAUUGCUCGAGCUCUUGUCAGAAAUCCGAAGAUUCUUCUGCUCGAUGAAGCGACGAGCGCGCUCGAUGCUGAAUCCGAGCAUGUUGUGCAGAGGGCUCUUGAGAAUGCUUCUCGUGGCAGGACCACUAUUGUUGUUGCCCAUCGGCUGUCGACUAUCAGGAAUGCUGAUCAGAUUAUUGUGAUGAAGGGCGGAGAGAUUAUGGAAGUCGGAAAACACGACGAUCUAUUGAAAAAGAAGAGAUUGUAUCAUGAGUUGCUGAAUGCACAAGUCUUUGCUGAUGUUGACACUCCUUUGAGUAGUCCGACUAGGCCGACUUUAUCUGUAGAUUAUUCAAAGAAAUAUAUGAGUCAGGAAUCCCAUAUCUCCACAGCUAGGGACGGCGAGAUUAUCGGACAGCCAGCAAUCACCAAAGAUAUUGAGCGUCUUCGGAAAGAACUUGAGGAGGAAGGAGCUGUCCGCGCGAAUCUCUUGCGAAUUAUGAAGUACGCCCGCCCGGAGUAUUGUUUAAUGCUCAUCGGUACCGUUGCUGCGCUACUUCAUGGAAUGGUGAUGCCAGCGUUCUCUUUAUUCUUUUCGCAAAUCAUUGAAGUGUUCUCAAAUCCUGAUAGAGAGCAAAUGGUUGAAGACGGCCAUUUUUGGGCGCUGAUGUUCCUCGUCCUUGCCGCUUUUCAAGGAACUACGAUGUUCCUUCAAUGUUCACUUUUUGGAAUCGCUUCGGAGCGAUUAACCAUGCGGAUUCGAUCGAAGGUGUUCCGAAAUGUCCUUCGACAAGAUGCAACCUACUUCGAUAUGCCGACUCAUGCACCAGGAAGAAUCACAACCCGUCUUGCCACCGAUGUUCCGAACGUGAAGGCAGCUAUUGAUCAUCGACUCGCUUCGGUUUUCAACGGACUUGUCGCAACUAGCGGUGGAAUCAUCAUCUCAUUCUACUACGGAUGGCAAAUGGCUCUUCUCGUCGUCUCCAUAUUCCCAUUAACGGCCGCUGCGCAUUCGUUCCAAACCAAAUAUUAUUCAAGGAAAGCUAGCUCAGAAGCGAAACAGCAGGAGCAGAGCGGAAAAAUUGCGAUGGAAGCGAUUGAGAAUAUUAAGAGUGUUCAAGCAUUGACAAUUCAAUCUCGUCUUCAUGCACAGUUCUGCUCAUUUCUAGAUGGGCAUCAUCGGACGAAUAAGGUUAAAGCUUUGAUUCAAGGUAUCGCAAAUGGACUAUCUGGAUCAAUAUUCUUCUUCCUUUCCGCUAUAUCCUUCCGUUUUGGACUCUUCUUGAUAUUCAAUGAAAGUGUCAGGAUGCCACCGAUGAAUGUUCUUCGCGUUCUUUUUGGGAUUUCAUUCUCUUUUUCAACCAUUGAUGGCGUUGCUGCCUAUUUUUCUGAAUACACGAAGGCAACAUUCGCAGCCGGAUUGAUUUUCAAGAUGCUUGAAGAAGAGCCAAUGAUCGACGGAAUGUCGGAAAAUGGAACGAAGCCAAAAAUUAAUGGGGAAAUCAAAUUUGAGAAGGUCUACUUCCGAUACCCUGAACGACCGGAAGUGCCGAUUCUUCGGGGAUUGGACAUCAGUGUUCAUCCUGGAGAAACAUUGGCACUUGUUGGUCCUAGUGGAUGUGGAAAAUCGACAGUAAUCUCAUUAUUAGAGCGAUUAUAUGAUCCGUUGGAUGGAAAUGUCCUGGUGGAUAAUAACGAUUUGCGCGGUGUUAAUCCGAAACAUUUGAGGAAGCAUAUCGCAUUGGUCUCACAGGAGCCAAUUCUUUUCGAUAUUUCGAUUCGCGAGAACAUUGCCUACGGUUUGAAUCCCGGCGAGUAUUCGGAUGCCGAUAUUAUCGAAGCUGCCAAGAAGUCCAACAUCCAUUCAUUCGUCGAGAGUCUGCCGAAUGGUUACGAAACACGAGUCGGAGAGAAGGGUACCCAGUUAUCAGGAGGGCAAAAGCAGCGAAUUGCCAUCGCUCGGGCCCUUAUCAGAAAACCAAAGAUCUUGUUGCUUGACGAGGCGACGAGCGCCCUCGAUACUGAGAAUGAAAAGCAAGUCCAAGAAGCACUGGAUGCCGCAUCGCAAGGUCGAACCUGCAUCGUUGUUGCCCACCGGCUGUCGACGAUUGUCAAUGCCAAUUGCAUAAUGGUUGUCAAGGAAGGAGUUGUUGUUGAGAAAGGAACUCACGCGGAGCUCAUGGCCAAACGCGGAGCCUAUUAUGAUCUAACCCUAAAGCAAUCAAAUCAUAAUAUUGUCAAUUAG